AUGCCACACAAAGAUACCAACUCGUUGCCCAACGGCACACACGGUACCUCGGAUUCUUCCGCCAACCGCCUCGCAGCAACGGGAAAUACCCUCGGCGCGUCCGCCUUUGGCACAGGCAUGGACCAGAACAGUGCCACGAUACCCGAAUACCUGUCCACGGGCUCGGAUGAUCUCAGGCCUUUGAGCAAGGAGGAAGCGGAUAGGUUGUACGAGGAGAGAAUGGAGGAGGAAUAUGCGAAGCGGGAGGGAGGUGCUUGA